UGUCGAUUUGUCGGGAGGCGGCUGGUUUCCCGGGACUGGACUAAAGUCAAGGUGCCAGCAUCUCCUGCCUUCCUGCCCACUCUUGUGCCUGCUGUCCCUGACCCAGUCAUGCCUCGGGGCCAGAAGAGUAAGCUCCGUGCCCGUGAGAAACGCCGCCAGGCUCAAGGUGAGCCCCAGGGCCUUGUGGGUACUCAGUCCACUGCAGCAAAGGUCGAAGAGUCCCCCGACUCUCCUGUUUCUGGGGAUACUCCCCCGAGUUUCCGUGCUGCUGGCACUUCCCAGGAGCCUCAGGGAUCCCCAGCCACUAGCUCUCCUGCUGCAGGUGUUUCACGCCGGAAAUCUAAUGUAGGUGCCAAGGGCCAAGUUGAGAAAAAUAAAAAUUCCUCUCGGGCCUCAACUUCCUCUGAGAGUGCUCGCCAAGAUCUUCUAACCAGGAAGGUGGGCAUGUUGAUGCAGUUCCUGCUAGAAAAGCAUACCAUGAGGGCACCCAUUAGGAGGGCAGACAUGCUGAAGCUCGUCAACAAAAGGUACAGGGAGCACUUCCCUGAGAUCCUCAGGAGAGCCUCUGAGCACAUGGAGCUGGUCUUUGGCCUAGAAUUGAAGGAAGUCAAGCCAGGCAGUUGCUCCUAUAUCCUCAUCAGCAGCCUGGACCUCAGCAGUGAUGGCAGUGUGAGCAGUGGCGACUUCCCUAAGAAUGGGCUUCUCAUGCCUCUCCUGGGUGUGAUCUUCUUGACUGGCAACCGCGCCUCUGAGGAGGAUAUCUGGGAAUUCCUGAAUAUCUUGGGCAUCUAUGAUGGAAGGAGGCAUUUAGUCUUCGGGGAUCCCAGGAAGCUCAUCACCCAAGAUUUGGUGCAGGAAAAGUACCUGGAGUACCGCAAGGUGGCCAACAGUGAUCCUCCACGCUACGAGUUCCUGUGGGGCCCGAGAGCCCGUGCUGAGAUCAGCAAGAUGCGAGUCCUGGAGUUUUUGGCCAAAGUUCAUGAUACCAUCCCCAGUGCCUUCCCAUUCCAUUAUGAAGAGGCUCUGCGAGAUGAGGAAGAGCGAGCCCGAGCCCGAGCCGCAGCUGGGGCUGCCUCUACUACCGAGGCCGGUGCGCGUUCCCGGGCCAAGUCCAGCCGCUCCGCUCCUCCUCCCUAG